UUCGAUGGGAGAGGCGGGGAUAACAUUUGGCAGCUUCAUUUCUUGUGGGUGUGAGCUACGAACGGCAUCUGAAUUUUAACAAACAGGAACCGAAUUGUUUUCAAAUAGCUAGCUGUGUUUUCGACAUUGAUUGUUUGCUAAUAUCUGUUUCAUUUGAUCAAAUUUGUCGUCCGUUAAGACGUUAAUUAAAGACUCAAAACGAGAAUUGAUGGUUUUUGCUCUCCGUUCCUGCUGGAUUUGACCUGCUUAGCUACUGAAGUCCUGAUCAGGAUUCGCGGUCUGUCAAUGAGGAACUACAGGCUCAUCUUUUGCCAUAACCUGAAGCAGCCAUAGAUGACCAUUCGAUUCACUGCUAGUGAGUGGUGCUGAAGAUAAGGUGAACUACUGGGUGUUUUAAGUGCUGAACGACCUUCGGAAGCAGCUCGGCUGUGGAAGCGAUGAGGAAGAGCCUCUCUCCUUCCCCCAGCAACUCCCUGACACCAGCCAGGGUUUUUGGGGUUCCCCUAGAUGAGGUGCAGCAGAGCGGCCAGCCAGGCCAGGAGGUCCCCCUACUGGUCAGGCACAUCGUAGAGUAUGUCGAAGAGCAUGGGCGUCUGGAUCUGGAGGGGCUGUUCCUGGUCAAUGGUAAUGCGGAGCGGGUGGAGUGGCUACGGCAGCGCUAUGACUCUGGGGAGGAGGUGGACCUGGAGAAAGAGGCUGACCUGGCCUCGGCCGUCAGCCUGCUCCGUCUCUUCCUGCAGGAGCUCCCAGAACCCAUCAUCCCUGCAGGCAUGCAGGCCCACAUCCUGCAGCUCUACCAAGACUACAGCAGUGAGGAGGAGCUCGCCCGCAACAUGAAGUACUUCCUCCAGCAGCUGCCUCAGGUCAACUACAGCCUGCUGCGCUUCCUGUGCCGCUUCCUGUCCAGCGUGGCCUCGCUCCAGGAGGAGAGCUGGAGCGUUGGAGCCCUCGCCGCCGUCUUCGGACCCGACGUCUUCCAUUUAGACACAGAUGUGGAGGACCUGAAGGAGCAGGAGUCUGUGAGCCGCAUCCUGGCGGAGCUGCUGGAGAAUCAGGAGGAGUUCUUUGACUCAGAGGACGAUGACGUUUCUACCACCAACGACUACAGUUCCAUCAACGAACAGAUCACAGAACUCCUGGACGAUGACAAAUUAGAGGCUUUUGAGGAGCUGCCCCAAGAUGGCGAGGAUGGCCCCCCUUCCGCCUCUGAAUCCCCCCAACACAGUAACACCCAGGUCACCCCCCUUUCAAGGGCGGGCCCCAGUGAGAGGCCAGGGCUGGGGCCAUGCGAGGGCCAUGGUGAAGAGGGCCUGUGUGAGAGUGAGGAGGGCCCCACAAGCGGUCCCCUGUCAGCCCCAGAGACAGAGCGCAGCCCUGAGGCCCAACAGGAUUGUGACUCCCAUAACGGUGCCCUGGAGGAGAGUUCUGGAUUGAACCUGGACCACGCCGAGGCUCUCGUAGACACAGAGAACAAUAUCAACACGGCCAGGCAAGAAAACCAAGCCUGUGAGAAGAUGGACCAGGCUGAUCUCAUCGCCUGUGUCUCUGUGUGUAAGUGUGACCAGAAUGCCAACACAGACGCCAGCUGCCCCAGCUCCCACCACCUCCACCGCAUCUUCCCCCACAGCCAGUGGGAAGCACCAUCCCCAAACCAUCUCCCCCUCAUAGACUUCACAUGUAUGCACCUGCAGGGGAGAGGUCAUGACCCCGUGCCAGCCUUCAAGUCAUGGCAGGAUGAGAGUGACUCUGGUGAGGCCCAGCUGUCUCCCCUGGCCGGGCGCAUGGUGCCCCUGCCCCACGAGGAGGACUCCCAUCCCCUCAUGGCCCGUCGCUUCCUGGACUUUGGCCACAGCCAACGCUUCCUGCAGCACCCCGACGCAACCUCGCCCACUAAAGCCCACCAGGCCCUGGGGAGGCCUCACCGUACCUCCUUCACUUCCAAAGAGAGUGCUGUGAGGAACGACUCGGUCCCCCACCAGCUCACCAAAAAGCUUCAGAACCUCAAGAAGAAGAUCAAACAAUUUGAGGAACAGUUUGAGAAAGAGAGGAACUACAAGCCAUCCCAUGGUGAUAGUGCAGCUAACCCAAAGGUCCUCAAGUGGAUGACCGACCUCACCAAAAUCCGCAAACAGUUAAAAGGAAGACAGCAUCUCUUUCUCAAAGGGUCCCUGAGGCACCAGGCGGUGCUUCAGUCAUACAGACGCCACCAAACCUCCUCCACCUCCGCCCCGAACACACCCCAUUUUACACUUGCACGUCCCCUCACUGCCUCUAAACAGACACCCUACCUAUAUGCCAAACACAAGGAGGCUGAGCUGACCCCUCAGACGCGGCCACGCAGCAACACCUUGCCCAAGAGCUUUGGUUCCACCCUGGACCAGGCAGGCCACAAUGUUGGUGGAGAGGCCAAGGGCCACCAACCCACCAGAGAGGAGACCCUGAACCUCAUCCAGAGCCGUGUCAAAGGCAAGAGAGAGGACGACGGCUGGCCAGAGGACACCAAGAAAAUGACCAAGGAGCAGCUGUCGUGUGAGAAGACGGUCCUACAGAAGAACCUCCUGCACUAUGAGGGACUCCAUGGUCGACCUGUGACCAGAGAGGAGAGGCUGGUGGUCAAACCGCUGUACGACCGCUACCGUCUGGUCAAGCAGAUGCUCACCCGCGCCAGCAUCACCCCCAUCAUCGCUUCUCCCUCCAGCAAGCGACGCAACCACACCCUGCAGCCCAUCAUCGAGGGAGAGACUGCCCACUUCUGUGACGAGAUCAAGGAGGAGGAGGAGGGUGAAGUGGAGGAAGAGGAGGCCACAUCCAAGGAGGAGGAAGAGAGCAGUGUGGAGCUCCAGAGCUUGGGGUCAGAGGUGAUCAUGGUUCUAGACCCAGUGUUCCAGCCCCAGACCAGCUCCCAGAGACACAGAGACAGCCUGCUCAUGCCCAAGAUGGAGGAAACCUCCGGGAAACUGGCCCUGGACCUGCGCCUGUCCAGCGCCAACGCCUCAUCAAUGCCUGAGCUCCUGGAGCAGCUGUGGAAGGCCCGGGCUGAAAAGAAGAAGCUAAGGAACACCAUCCGCCAGUUUGAGGAUGAGUUCUACCAGCAGAACGGCAGGAACGUCCAGAAGGAGGACAGGCUACCCAUGAUGGACGAGUACAAAGAGUAUAAACGAAUCAAAGCCAAACUGCGCCUGCUGGAGGUGCUCAUCAGCAAGCAGGAUUCCUCGAAGUCUAUCUAGAGCGAGAAGACUGAGGGAGGCCACCCUGCUUCCCUCCAUCCACCUGACUGAAGGUCCCCCAUCUCACCACGGACUGACAUGUCACCCCUCCAUUAUCAACCAUCAUCCUACCUGCACCCGAGAGACUGCACAGCAUCCACCGUAUCUCACUACUGUCUCCCCAAAACCACCCAUCAGAUUCUGCCAUCCCCAGCUAAUGUUCAGUGUAGGCUCCUUUCUAAGGACUCUGAUGAAGAGACCUCUUCAUCCCACCAGUCAAGACUCGACACACCCUUUUGAUUUAUUUCUACAUGUUUCAUUCAGAGGAAUUCCCUCUUCCUCUUUAGAGUUUAGUGUUUGUUUAAACUUUUAAAAAAUCAUUAACUUCAUGUAUGUUAGUUUCUCAUACUGAGAAAUCCUAUUUAACAGGAGCGUGUAGUGUGUUGUAGUCGCCUGGCCACAAAAUUAACUCUCCCUCCCCCAGAGCAAGGACACUGCUCAUUCUAUUUCCGAUAUUGAUUCCGUUAACCAACUCCACUGUCAUCAUUCAACACUAGGAUGUUUUUUGUGUCGUCUUGAGUGAGAUCUUUUUGGAAAAAGUAAUUAAUGUAUGUUUUCUUGUACAUAAAUAUUUACACGUUUGUAUGUUACAGUAUGUCAUUUUUCUUUAAUGAAGAGAUUCUCUCAAGUUUGAAAACAAACUUAGUUUUAAGUGUCUUAUGCUAUUCCAAAUGUUCUAUUAUUACACAAUUGCCACUAUGGAAACUGAGCGAGUUUUAUCAGUUGGGACUGGUUAUGCUAAUCCUUUCUGUUUUAAUAUUCAGUCAUCACUGAAAGGAGUUUGACACCAGGUGGGCAGGACAGCCAGUUAGGUUCAUCACUUAGCAUUGUUACCUUAACCGUCUCCAUUUUGGCAAUAAGGCUGGACUGCUUGACUUUAGCAUAUAAAUAUGUCCCAAUUUAUUUUACUUAUAUGCUUUCAAUUGCAGAGUGGAUCUUUGUGGUGUCUUAUUGAGUUGUCUCUGAUCUAAAGCUGUUCCAACUGCAUCAGUAUUAUGCUAAAUACAGCAUAUGGCAGUGUUAUGGCAGGAUGACACUGGUUGGUGAAGUGUAUGGGAUAUGUCCCAUAGUGAGCCAGAGUUUUUGUCCAGGCAAUGUAGAGCCAGGUCAUUGUCACGUCCUGGGGAGUUGUCUGACCACAGAGCUCUGAGAAGGCUUUACCACGGCCAAGCAGAACCAAUAGCACCUCGACCCCUGUCAUCAACAAUUUGACCCUGUCCCUAUUUAUCCCAAAGUUCCUAAGGGCUUUGUUCGAAAGGUCACAUGCAACUACAACAGAAUCAAAGUGAUGCAUGUUGGGAAUGACACUGGGGUGUGUCUGGUCUUUUGGCGUCAUGCCUCCUGCCUGCCACUCCGUAGAUAUUAUCGACCCCAACCUUUUGACCCCUAGCUAAACUAGCAGUCAGCCCCGAGGCAGCCUCACAUCACUAUCCUUCAGAAGCUAUCUGGACUUGACAAGACCAAGCAGGAACACUGUCUGUUCAAAUGACUAAUUCUAGUCCUGGCGAUAAAAUACACAAACCAUUUAAGAUUUGUUGUAGACUAGAUGCCUACGCACUCCUUAGGGCAGGGUGGGGAAUUACCGCUGUAUGCUAGUUGUCCAGGAAGGGUUUGGAAUGAGAAGACAUCCCCAGUGGCACUGACUUUAAAGAUCUGCAUCUGUUUCAGCAGGUAGAAUGUCAGACCAACACACCCAGAAUGACGGAAUCUAGUCUUGCCUGAAGGACGUUUGCGCUGAACCAGGAGUUUGGCCUUCGUCUCUCACUUCGUCUCUCACAGUCCUGUAACCUUUGUUUUGCGUUGGUAGGGUUUGGUAUACUGUAUGUACGGGUGAACAGUGUGGAGAGGUUCUAGACGUUAUUUGCACAGCAUUCUGAGAAUGCAGCCCUUGUUUUGUUUAUAGAUUUGUUCCUUUGUUUUAGAAGCACAAUUUAUAUGGAAGGAUGAACGUCAUAUUUCUAUUAUUUUGAACACGUUUGACCCGUUUACUUUCUGUGAUGUUCAAACAUGAGUUUUUAUUUUAUUUUUAUGACCAUUAUUUAGUAUAAUAUUUUUUGUAACCUUUCACUAAUACUUCUAUACAGUGUAGAAUCUCUAUUGGAUAGGAAGGAAUCUUCAGUGUUUUGUAUAAGCUAGACUGUAGUUGACUUGCAUGGCAAAGAUUUGUAUAGUUUCUAUUUUUGUGCCAUAAAGAUCGAGCGAUAAAUUAGCUUUGAGGCCUGUAUCAAUGGAAUGUGGGGCCUUGUUAACCCUGUAUGUGCAUUUUCUGAGUAUACGGCUGAUUAAUGUUUCAUCUAUUCAUGGAACUAACUGUUUUCUACCUUGCAGACCAACCCAUGAAACUGUCACUUGACUAUAACUGUUGUGAGAUUUCCACUGCGACUCAGUUUUCUUUCUGCUAAACCAGCAUUUUUAUAUUUUUUGUUGUCAGCAUAAUGUUAUUUGGGGCACUGCUUAAACCAAAUGUAACAAGAUUAUCAAUAUGGAGGCACAUUUGGACUGAACUUUCCGAUUUAUAUUUAAAAAGGAAACGAGUGAAAUUGGUCGAUCGAUUUAUUUCCAUGUCCAUUUCUCAAGGGCUUUUUUACUAGAUGACUUUUGCAUUGUGCCUGCAGAGCCUGUUCGUAGUCCCAUCCCAUGUCAUCCCAUGCCAUCCCAUCCCGCAUGUUUGGUUUUCUAACCCAGGUGAGCCGGUGGCAGGUUGCAUCAACUGACCACCCAAUCAGCAACCGGCUCCCAGAGCUUCUAUCUGUGGACCUGUGUUUUACAUCUAUACUGAACAAAAAAUGUAAACGCAACAUGUAAAGUGUUGGUUUCAAGAGCUGAAAUUAAAGAUCCCUGAAAUGUUCCAUAUGAACAAAAAGCUUACUUCUCUCAUGUUGUACAUUUUGUUCCUUUUGCCAAGAUAAUCCAUCCACCUGACAGGUGUGGCAUAUCAAGAAGCUGAUUAAACAGCAUGAUCAUUACACAGCUGCAUCUUGUACUGGGGACAAUAAAAUGGCACUCUAAAAUGUGCAGUUGUCACACAACACAAUGCCAGAUGUCUCAAAUUGAGGGAGCAUACAUGUUAGAGAAAUGAACAUUAAAUUCUCUGGCAACAGCUCUGGUGGACUUUCUUGCAGUGGUUUUAGAGAAUUUGGCAGUAUGUCCAACAGGCCUCACAACCGCAGACCACGUGUAACCACACCAGCACAGGACCUCCAUAUAUGGCUUCUUCACCUGCGGGAUCAUCCGAGACCGGACAGAUGAUGAAACUGAGUGUUUCUGUCUGUGGGGAAAAACUCAUUCUGAUUGGCUGGGCCUGGCUCCUCAGUAGAAAACCAUAUGGAUUUCACAUGACUGGACAGGGGUGUAGUCAUUGUUGGGCAUAGGCCCACCCACGGCUGAGCUCCUGCCCAGUCAUGUGAAGUCCAUAGAUUAGAUUAUUUAUUUCAAUUGACUGAUUAUAUGGAGUGUAACAGAGUGAAAUCUUUGUUUAUUUUUGUUCAGUAUGUAUGUUUGAAUACUUGUUUUCCUUUAUUUACAAAUUAUGAAGUAAAAUCAGAAAUGACGUACAUUAAAAUGCAUACAAAAAUAAAGAUGAUAAUUUCCGAG